UACAUGAGCGGAUCACAGGGAAGCCAGGCACGAGUCCAGUCAGGAUCCCGUCUGCUUUUUGUAGCCUCAGGAGCGGAUGGUAAACAGAUAUAUGCUUUCCUCUUGGCUGGAUACUACUGUCAAGGCUUUGCGAGUCUGAAUGUUGGGAUUUUGCGGAACGUGAACUGUAAUCUACAGUUACCUCCGCAGUCAGUGACCCCACGGAAUCGUGACAGAUACAUUGCUGUCUGCCUCCAGUUGAGAUUUAGAAACAGAAUAUUCUGUGAUUUGCGCAGCAUUGUUCAAAAUCCACCCAUUCGCUCGCAUUUUGCCAUUCUCCGACUGAGUGACAAUUGAAGACAUCAUAUGCGGAGUUAGAAGCCGUCUGAAGAAGUUCUAAUUUCAAGAUCUCACCAUGACAGUCACGAAGGAGCAACAGAAUCAAAGAGCCAACCAACAGCAAGAGGAGGACCUGGGAGGCAUGAGCCCCCAACAGCGGAACUGGAAAGGAAUUGCUAUCGCUCUGCUUGUCAUCCUGGUGGUCUGCUCCCUCAUCACCCUGUCUGUUAUCCUCCUCACUCCAGCGGACAUUGCUGGCGGCAGUGACACCAAGUUCACUGUGGAGGAUCUGUUUAAGCCUGACUUCACUGUGCAUGAUCCUGAGGCCAGAUGGAUCAAUGAAUCUGAGGUUGUGUACAGGAAUCGGGAUGGCCACGUCAUCAAGUACAAUGUUCUCACCAAUGAAACAGACAUUGUGUUGGAAAACAGCACCUUUGUUGCAUACAAAGUAGCAAAAUACUCAGUUUCUCCUGACCUGAAGUAUGUGCUCUUUGCCUACCAUGUGAAACAGGUAUACCGACAUUCAUAUACUGCGUCCUACAUGAUUUACAACAUUUAUACACGGGAGGUGUUGGAACUGAAUCCUCCAGAGGUGCAGAACGCAGUGUUGCAGUAUGCUGCGUGGGGGGUGCAGAGGCAGCAGUUGAUCUACAUAUUUGAAAACAACAUCUACUAUCAGUCAGAUGUCAGAGGGAACUCCCUCAGGCUGACAUCAUCGGGGAGAGAAGGAGUCAUCUAUAAUGGAAUUGCUGACUGGUUGUAUGAAGAGGAGAUCCUGCAGUCUCACGUGACGCACUGGUGGUCUCCUGAUGGAGAGAGGCUGGCGUUCCUUGCUAUCAACAAUUCCCUGGUACCGAACAUGGCCCUCCCCCGGUUCACAGGCGAGCAGUACCCCAAAGGCAAGCUCUACCCAUACCCCAAGGCUGGACAGCCCAACCCAACUGUAAAGCUGUACGUGGUGAACCUGUAUGGGCCAACACACACUCAGGAGCUAACACCCCCAGACAGCCUGAAAUCCAGGGAAUAUUAUGUGGUGAUGGUUAAAUGGAUCAGCAACACUAACGCAGCAGUGAGGUGGCUGAACCGGCCCCAGAACGUGUCUGUCCUCACCGUGUGUGACACCACCAUUGGAGUUUGCAUCAAGAGACAUGAGGAGACCUCUGACCUCUGGUUGUCAAAACAGAACCAGGGACCUGUUUUUUCAAGGGAUGGCAGUAAGUUCUUCCUGACAGUUCCGGUAAAGCAUGGGGGCCAAGGAGAAUUCCAUCACAUCGCUAUGUUUACAAUGCAGUCCAGAGCUGAUCAGAAUGAGGUCCGACAUUUAACAUCAGGGAACUGGGAGGUGAUCAAGAUCUUAGCUUACGAUGAACGCAAUCACAACAUAUAUUUCCUCAGCACAGAAGGUUCACCACGAAGCAGACACCUGUUCAGUGUCUCCACUACCGACCCAUUUCCACACCACUGCCUGACGUGCGAGUUGAACAAAGUGCACUGCACAUUCUUCGACGCUGACAUCAGCCUGAGCCAUCAGCACGCCAUCCUGCAUUGUAAAGGUCCUGGUGUCCCAACUGUAAUUCUACUCAGUCUUGAGAAUGCGAACAGUUACAUUAUCCUGGAGAACAACACCGUUCUGAAAGCUGCAUUGAGAAAUAAAAGAAUACAGCAGAUAGAAUUCAGAGCUGUUCCCAUUGAGCACUUUGAUCUACCUUUGAGAAUCGCCUAUCCGUCUGACUUUUCAGAAUCCCAACAGUACGGCCUUCUCUUGGUGGUCAAUGGAGCCCCUGGAAGUCAGUCAGUUAAUGACCAGUUCCUGCUGGACUGGGACUCAGUCCUGGUCAGUUCAGACAACGUCAUUGUGGCUCGGCUGGACAGCAGAGGGACUGGUUUUCAGGGCCAACGAGUUCUGCAGGAGGUCUCCCAGCGCUUGGGAACCGUGGAAGUGCAAGACCACAUCACCGCUAUCGAGUACAUGUUGAAAUUUCCAUACAUUGAUCGUACACGCAUAGGAAUAUUUGGAAGGGGUUAUGGUGGCUAUAUUACCCUAAGGAUUCUUAAUUCAGUAGAAAGCCUGGUGAAAUGUGCAGUUGCAGUGUCUCCAGUAACAGACUGGAGGCUUUACGCAUCCGCAUUUUCUGAGAGGUACCUUGGCAUGCCAUCAGUGGGCGACAGCAAAUAUCAACUCUCCAGUGUACUACAGAAUGUCCAAAGGCCGCGAGAACACCAUUUGAUGCUGGUGCAUGGAACGGCUGACGCCAAUGUGCAUUUUCAACAUUCUGCUGAGCUGAUUAAACACCUGAUAAAAGCUGGUGCAAAUUAUACAAUGCAGAUCUACCCAGACGAGGGCCAUUUCCUCUCACAGAACAGCCAUCAGCACCUCUACUUGUCUCUCAUCACUUACUUCAGAGAAUGUCUCAUGGAGGAGUUACUGCUGAUUUCUGAGGAGCCAGAAGAGGAGGAGUAGAGAAAGACGGUCAGCCCGCCAGGAAAACUUUAUUUAUUUCCGUAACAAACUGAUGGAGCCCAGAGGGAUUUUGGACAAGCAUUGUGUAUAUGCUGUUACUGUAGUCACAGAGGAAAAUUGUGGGUCUAAUGGGGACUAAUGUAGAAUGUCUGUCUUCAAAAUUUGGCCCACUGGGCAACCAAUGAGAAUUCUCACAUAUCAAGACAGCCCUUCUCUUCAAUUUAAAUCUCUCUUGGCAAAGCACAAGAUGGCGUCCCCUGUCAUAGGGGGGGCGAUAGCUAUUUCAUGCCCACAGUUAUAAGUGCAUGGUUGUUUUUGUUCAAAACCAGCUGUUUUUUCCAUGUAAAUAUUUGUUGUUGUAGCCAUUCAAAAAAAAUGUACCAUUCUGCACUCAUACAGCCUCACCCUUUUUUUGUAUCAAUGCACAAAAAAAGCCCUCCACCUCCCUUUUGAUGUCAGCAAUGCAAAUCAACAUUACUGUGACACCCAUGACUAAGUGCAAUUCUGACUCAACCCUCUAUUGUGUUCACCCCCCAAAAAGACGGUAUUUUGUACAAUACAGCAGAUUGUGUACAUACGUAUAUUUUUGAGAUAUGUCAAAUCUCAUAGUUGUCUACGGGGAUUAAUUUAUUUCAAGUGAGACCUGUACGUUAUUUUUAUUCUAUGUUUUGUUUUUGGUUCUUUUUUUUCCUUAGGAUGAAUUUUGUAAUGCUUGUUCUUGUUCAUUUGGUGGAUUUGAAGGGAGGGUGGAACUGGG